AUGGUGUUUGCUCUGUGCGAAUGCGUCGACAUGUCGGCUUUGGGGGAGCUGACCAAGUGUAUAGUCAACUUCUUCCUGAACCAUGGCCAGCUGAUGCGCCUUCUCGAAGGAACCAUCAAAUACGAAAUCCAUCGGACACUCGAGAUCGGAACCCUCUUCCGAUCCAACAGUGUGGCAGCCAAGGUGCUGGGCCACUUCAUCCGCUUGAGUGGUCGGCGGUACCUGCUGGAGCUGCUCGGCCCUCUCCUCAAGGAGCUCGCCCUCGAGGACAAGGACGUCGAGAUCGAUUCCUUCCGCUGCGAGUUGGCGGAGGAUGUGGUCCAGCAGCACGUCGUCGAGCUCUCCGCCAUUUGUACAAAAUUCCUUCAGCGAAUCGACUCGAUGGUCGACCAGUGCCCACUCCAAUUCCGGAUCAUCUGCAACCUGCUGCACACAGAGACGAAGCGAAAGUUCCCUGAUCUCGAGUGGCCCAUCGCCACCGGCGGCUUCUUCUUCCUUCGCUAUAUUUGCCCCGCCAUCGUCGCGCCCGAGACCAUCAUGCCCGAGUUCGCCACUCUGGCCAAGGGUCCCAACGUGCGCAGGACUCUGGUGCUGCUGACCAAGACGAUGCAGAAUCUGGCCAACGGAACUCGCUUCUUCAAGGAACCGUUCAUGAUGAGCAUGGUGCCCUGGAUCGAUGAACACCUUCCGCAGUGCAAGGACAUGUUCCUCGACCUCAGC